AUGGACCCCAGAUACGUCGUUGAGCUACCACACCUUGGUCUGUGGUUGUACCUUGUCAUCUUAUGCUUGCUUGCCGGAGUCACUUAUACCAUCGUCAGGCGCGAUGCGCGGCGGAAACACCUGCCGCCACGGGUCAAAGCAUGGCCCCUCAUCAAUCAUACUUUCAUGCAAGUCAAAGAUGAUCCUACAGACAUGCUCAAGGAGUGGGCUCGAGAGUAUGGCGAGGUAUUCCGCACUCGCAGUGGCGUGACGGAUUUCAUCUGGUUGAACUCGAGGGAGGCAGUCAAGGAACUGUUUGACCGGAGGUCUGCCAUCUACUCCAGUCGACAGCCGAUGCCAAUGGCUCUUGAUGCCGCCACCGGGGGCAACCGAGUCACCUUCAUGCCUUAUGGCAAGCGUUGGAGAGCCGUUCGUAACAUCAUGCACCGCACUCUGACCCUCAAGAAUGCCGAAGCCUACUCGGUCAUCCAGGACUUUGAAUCCAAACAACUCAUGGUUGACCUGCUGGAAACUCCGGACGAUUUCUACAUGCACAAUCGGCGGUACGCGGCUAGUGUCAUCUUCCAAAUCACGUACGGCCGUCGUAUACCGCAGUGGGAUUGUCAAGACAUCAAGGAGAUCUUUGAGGUUCUCGGCCGUUUCGUCCAGGUCCGUCGGCCGGGUGAGUGGUUUGUGGACGUUUUUCCUUCAUUGGCGGAAUCACGAUUCUUCGACUUCAUCAGCUCAUGGCGUAAGGUCGGCAGAUCGUUCUUCGAGGCCGACAAUCGCGUCUUUCGGCGGUUAUGGCAGCGGAUGCAGGCUGAUGUUGCGUCUGGUACGGUCAGCAACUGCUUUGGAAAGGACUUCAUGGAGGCUCGCAAACUGAACAAGUACGAUGAAUCCAUUGAUGAUGUCCAAGCAGCCUGGCUCUGUGGUGGCCUCGUAGAGGCUGGUUCUGAGACGACUUCAGCGGCCUUGAACAAUUUUGUCAAGCUGUUGCUGUCCAAUCCCGAAGCUCAGAGGCGUGCACACGAAGAGCUAGAUGCAGUGGUUGGCUCGGACCGCCUACCAACGUUCUCUGAUGAGCCUAAUCUGCCUUAUAUUCGCGCUAUGUGCAAGGAGAUCCUUCGCAUGCGGCCGGUCAAUAAGUUUGGAGUCAAUCACAUGAAUACCGAGGAUGACUGGUACAAGGGAUGGUUCAUUCCGAGAGGCUCUGUGGUGAUGAUCAAUAUGUGGGCUAUCCAGUACUCUGACACGUGGGAGGAGCCAGAAAAGUUCGAGCCAGCGCGCUACCUGGGUUGGGACUUGACUGCUGCGGAGAGCGCUGUUGCGGAGCCCAGCAAGAGGGAUCACUACACUUAUGGGGCCGGAAGGAGGAUCUGCGCUGGCAUUCAUGUCGCAGAGAAAAGUAUCUUCAUCAAUGUGGCUCGGAUUCUACAUGGAUUUGACCUCACGUUGGCGACGGAUGAGUUUGGGCGGGACAUCGAACUCGACUUCACGACUGCCACCCUGAAUAAGGGUAGUGGAACGGUAAGUCAGCCGUUCCCGUGCAAGAUCACGCCGAGGAGUAAGAAGCAUGCUGCCUUGGUGAGGCGUGAAUGGGCAGAAGCAGAGGACAGAGGCUUGGAUGCGGAGAUCCGCACCAUGUUCUGGGGAGUGUCGCGCACGGUGCAAUGA